GCUGAUCGAUGAUGUAAGAAAAUUUUCCUCUUAUUUUUUCAAGACACACAAAUAUUUCGUCAGCAUGACAAUUUCUCCACAGCUCUCGAUACUCCCGAGCAUCAAUUAUAUCCGUGUUGUAAUUUCAAUAAUUGUUAUAUAACAUUGAUUGUUAUAUCGUUGAGUACGAAAUAUGAAUGUAAUGAUGCUCGGUGUUUACUAGGUCAAUACAUUGAUAUGAUGAAACAUUUCAGCAAAAUAUUUUAUCAAUUUCACAUCGAAAUCUUGCGAUUGAUUUCUCGGAAAUUUUUGCAACAAGUAGAUUCAACAAGUACUGCAUAUCUGUAAAAUUUCAUUACAAUCGGAUAGCAUUGUAAAGUUUGGGUGCUUCACGAUCGAUCGGCGAGAAUUGCCGAGAAUCCACACUGGAGAAACAUAAUUAUCCGCGAUAUCCGUGAUCGCGGUAUAAACAAAGUUUCGCAAGGAUAAAGCGUUUAAGUAAUCAUUACAGCGGGACCGAUUUCGCGCAACAUGAUAAAACCGACAAUAAAUAAUACUCAAUGUUAUAGCAGCGACUGGCAGGGUCGUUACGAUGAGACUCGUAAGAAUAGAAUCACGGCGAUAAGGAAAAGUUUAUCGUACACUUUGUCGUAUUUACAUAUUAUGUGUGCACAUUAUCAUUUACACGGAAUGCAACUAACUGCGGACGUGUUUGCGUAUAUCGCGGUUAAAUAUCAUUCUUUUAAAAGUCGGCUAAUUUCUCGGCAUAGCGUAUAUAUUGUUCGACGCCGUGAGAUGUGCGCGUCAAACGCUUUAUGUAUCGCUCGGUGAUACACCUCUAAUUGAAAGGUUAAGGGGACGCGAUUCGCUCAUUUCUUCCGUUGUUAUCUAACCAAUGAACGCAAUUAGAUACUGAGAAAGAUUAAAAAUAUCAAUACACCGAUAAAAUCCACGUAAAAAGAAGUUGAAAAAAUUGAAGAUUUAACUGGUUGUUAAAGAAAGACGAUUCCUAUCGUCAAUUUUAUCUCGUUGCAAUAUAGUGUCCUGUUAUAUUCCAUCGCUGCCAUCGUUUGGGACAAAAUUCGUCGAGUUGUUAUACUCGGUGGGUUAAAUAUCUUUGCCAGAUUACGUAGAAUUACAUAGAAGAUUGUGACGCUUCCAACGUAAGCCGAGUAUUGUUCGCAAAUUCAUAUGCGAUGGACAUUAUUUCUUUCGUUUUGAGCAUUUGGUGCUUCAUUAUAAUCUCCAUAGUUGUAUCAAUGGUGCGUCAUGAUUAUAUGAUACGACGAAAAAUGAAGAACGUUCCUGCAUUCAAAUCAUAUCCUCUCAUUGGCCACGCAUUGACGCUACUAAGGAUGACAGAACAAGAACAAUUUGAAUGGCAUCUAUCAUUUUUGAACCAUUUCAAAGACGGAAUGUGCCUGGUAUUUUUGGGAUCCAAACCAGUGGUUUACCUUUUUAAGCCCGAAUUUUUAGAGAUCAUUUGUCCCAGUACUGUUAAUCUCGAGAAAGGGAUAGUGUAUGAAUUGUUAAAACCUUGGUUGGGCAACGGUCUUCUCACUUCUGCCGGUACACGAUGGUUCCACGAUAGAAAACUUAUCGGGCCAACGUUCCAUUUUGGUAUAUUAGACCAAUUUGCAAUAGUACUGUCUGAAAAAGCAGAGAUCCUAACGAAAUGCCUCGAAAAAGAAAUGGAAAAAUGUCCAGGAAAGGCCAUCGAUAUUUUUCCCUUCCUUAUCAAUGCUACUCUGGAUAUUAUAUGCGAAACGGCGAUGGGUGUGAAUAUACGUGCCCAAGAAGUCGUAACCGAAUAUUCCACGACAAUACAUAGAUUAUCCAAAUUGACGCUCGAGCGGCUAUUCACGCCGUGGUAUUGGAUGGAUUGGUUGUACUAUUCAAUGCCUGUUGGAAAGGAGUACAAGUCAGCAUUGAAUAUAUUGCACGGAUUCACGAAGGAGGUGAUUAAUAAAAAGAAGGUUAUUCGGAAAACAAAAAACGGCAAAGGGGAUGACACAGGUAAGCAAAGAAGGAAAGCCUUUUUAGAUUUAUUGUUGGAUCAGAAUGAAAAGGACAACGCUCCGUUAACGGAAGACGAAUUACGGGCGCAAGUUGACACCUUUAUGUUCGAGGGUCAUGAUACAACUGCGGUUGCGAUAAACUGGGCGCUCUUUUGUUUGGGUAAUAAUCUAGAGCAUCAAGAGAAAGUCCAUGAGGAACUCGAGCAAGUUUUCAAAGAUACGCAGACGCCAGCCAGUGUGAAGGAGUUGUCGCAAUUAAAAUAUCUAGAAAGAGUAAUGAAGGAAACGCUCAGAUUGUAUCCAAGUGUACCUAUAGUGGAGCGGAAAUUGGCGGAAAACGUAAAAAUUGGUGAUGUUACUAUUCCGGAAGGUACAACGGUCGCGUUAUCGAUCAUAAUGGCACAUCGCAAUCCGCAAGUUUGGCCAGACCCAUUAAAGUUCGAUCCGGAUCGCUUUCUUCCGGAAAAUUCAAAACACAGAAAUCCAUACGCCUACGUCCCGUUCAGCGCCGGACCGAGAAACUGUAUCGGUCAGAGAUUCGCUCUACUCGUAGAGAAAACAGUGCUAACGGCUAUUCUAAGGAAAUGGAGAGUUAAAAGUGUAGAAACCGAAAUUCCGUUAGUUGGCUCUCUCAUUUUGCGACCAAUAGGUAAUGUGCUUCUUCGUUUCACGCCAAAGACGACGCGUUGAGAUAAUCGAUAUGUAUUUUCCAUUAGUUUUAAUACAAUAAAUAACAUUUAACGUGAUAGACGUAUAAUUUUCUAAUACGACGAAUAUGAAGAAAUGAACGAUAUUUGAUGAUAAAAGUAUAUAAAUAUACUUUUUAUAAAAUAUACUUCAAU